AUUUUAAAGAUAAAAUGAGAGAUUUGUUGAUUUGUUGGAUAUUGAUAGUUUCGAGUAGUGAGGGUGAAGGAACCUUGUCCAGAGAUCUAGAUCUAGAUAUUGUUGCGAAUCUAUUUCCGGAGUCUGAAGUGUUUCCGAAUAUUAGUUCCGAGUUCUCAACUCAGUUCACACAGGACAAUGUACGCAGAGAGAUGGAAUAUUUUGAAAAAGAACCUGGAAAAUCUUUUGAAAGAACAUACGGUUGGGCCUGGCUCUUAAAACUUCAGAUGGCUCUUCAAACCUCAAACCAAGAAGAAUUUGUGAAAUUUGCUGAUACACUCAAAACUUUUGCUGAUUAUAUUGCUGAACUCUACGUUGAUUUUCUUCCAAGGCUUGCAUAUCCUGUGAGAGUUGGAGAACAUGCAAAUACAGCUUUCGGUCUUGNGGGGGGGGGGGUGAUUUCCAAACCCCCCUUUGAUUUUGCCCUUUAG